ACGAAGUCGGUCAGUCCCCUGGACGCGCAUCUGUAACUUGAGUGUGUUUUACAUUCUCUUGCUGACGAAUCUAGUAUUUCGGACAACAUGCGGAAAGCUCUGCUAUUUGCGCUCAUUUUGUUCGGCAUUGACUCCAUAUUUGCAGUCACACACUCCCUGCAGUAUGUCUACAGCGGUUCAUCAGGGAUACCAAACUUCCCAGAGUUUGUGGCUUUGGGGAUGGUGGACGGGGAGCCCAUCGUUUACUGUGACAGUAAAAUACCCAGAGUGACUCCUCGUCAGGCCUGGAUGAAUAAAGCUGUGGAUCCUAAUUACUGGGAGCAGCAGACUCAGAUCCUCAUGGGUGCAGCGCCAGCGUUCAAAGCCAACAUAGAAAUUGCAAAGCAGCGUUUCAACCAAACCGGAGGUAUUCAUACAUAUCAGCAGAUGUACGGCUGUGAGUGGGAUGAUCAAACUGGGGCCACAGGUGCUUUUCGUCAGUUUGGCUAUGAUGGGAGUGACUUCAUUGCAUUGGACUUCAAGACCAUGACUUACGUGGCUCCAGUGAUGCAGGCGGCUCCCACUAAACAGAAGUGGGACAGUGACAGAGCUCAGUUAGAUUACUUAAAAAGCUACUACAACCAGGAGUGCAUUGACUGGCUGAAGAAGUAUGUGAGCUACGGGAAGAGCACACUGGAGAGGACAGUCCGCCCUGAGGUGUCUCUGCUGCAGAAGGACCCCUCCUCUCCUGUCACCUGCCACACAACCGGCUUCUUCCCCAAAAGGAUCAUGGUGACCUGGAGGAAAGAUGGAGUGGACAUGCACAGCGAUGUGGAGGUGGGGGAGACCCUGCUAAAUGGGGACGGAACAUUCCAGAUCACAUCGAAACUCACGGUGAAGCCUGAGGACUGGAAGAUGAACAGCUACAGCUGUGUCGUGCAGCACAAGAGCCUCCAGGAUGACAUUGCUGUGCUGCUGGAGGAGAAGAACAUAAGGACCAAUCAGGGAGGCAUUUCCUGGGGCAUCAUCAUCGGCUGUGUGGCUGCUGCUCUGGCUCUCGUUGCUGUUGUCAUUGGGGUCGUGUUGUGGAGGAGGAGCAGGACAGGCUAUGGGAAAGCCAGCACAUCUGACACUGAUUCUGAGAACAGCCAACAGCAACCAAAAGCAUGAGUUCACCCUCCAUGAUGUCACAGUUCUUCUCCUUCUCUGCCAGAAGACAACAGAGACAAGAUGAGAUGAAUGUGCAGACCUGAUACCCCCCCCCCACACACACACACACACAUAAUACAAUAUAUUGUCUACUUGCUUUUAGCAACUUUACAGUUAACAGUUAUGAGAUUUUAAAUAUGAGGAGCAGAAUAAAUUUAAUCAGAAGAUAAAUCACUGACUGACAGUCAGGAAGGAUCAUUAAUGCAGGUUUAUUUCUCUCUCUGUAACUUUACUGUAUUAGCAGUUAAAGCUCAGCUGUCUUAAAGCUGCUCUGCUCUGUCACUGUGCAGCACUGCAGUCUGUUUUUAUCAUGAUCCGUCUCUUUAAAUGCCGCACAGCCUGCUGAUGAGGACGCCUGUGUGACCCUGUGUGUGAGAUGCACUGAUCACUGACUUACAGUAACGAGCAUCAAGGAUGAAGCAACAGCAACCAGAAAGAUGGGCAAUGAAACGAUGAAUGUGGCUGAUAAACGUAUGAAACAGUGUAACAGAACAUCAUGUAAUUUAUUAUUACAGGAAAUCAACUUCAAAUUGACCUGUUAUAAUUAAUGGUUACAUAGUUACGCUCAGGUGAGGAUUAUUGGAGACUUGCCGAGUUUAAAAAAUAUAUUUGAAAUUCUUCAAAAUAAUUAUCUAGUGCAUUUCUCACAGGGUUUUCAUACAUUGUUCUUUUUGUAUUUGAUAUAUUUUUCUGUUUAAGUUGUGAAUUUGUUUCUUUGAGAAUUAAUGUAAUAUUAUGAACUUUUUCAGUUAGUCUGAUUGCUGUCGGUAAUUUAACCCUAAACCUUAUGCUUUGGUGAUUUUACAUGCAAAACUGUUUAAGUAAUUAUGAAAUUCUGUUUCUAUUAUAUACACAAGUGGAAAAUCAUUGAAUAUAUGAUUACCAUGUUCAUAAAUGAAACUUCUUAAUAUCAGUAAAAUAAAUUAUGAAAGAGACCAACAGAAAUCCGUAUUACAUAAAUUUUCAUUUUGAUUGUAAAUAUUUUGUUUGAAAUGGGCUAAUAAAAUAAAGGGGGUAAAUUGGAACAAA